CUCAAGCGUUGAUGUUUCACCUCGUUUCGCUCUGCUUGCGCCGACCCACGCAACAUCGAAUACUGAUUUAGCGCUCGUCCCUGCGGUUAAUGAGUGACUACCUUUGUUCUGCGACUCCCGCCAAUUGAUUUUCGUUUUCACUUGAAACAACUAUCACCGAAAUGUAUUAUUAACACAUUACUGUUCUGUUUUGGACUUUUAGUGACGGUGUCAGGGGGUGGGGGUUCAAACUCGCUUUCACAAGGCAGGAUUCUCUUCAAGUUGCGAAGUUUAUUGGGAGGCGCUGGGUGAGGGGCCGGAGGAGGAGGUCUUUUCAAUUUCUCAUUAAUUCAGUGUGGCCCUUUCAGUUUUCUGAGGCCCGCCCACUGACCAUUAUCAGCCUUUGGGCCUUAAAUACGCCGCUUGCUUUUGGUCUGUGCACUCACUUACACACACACAUACACACACACGCAGACACACAGAUACACACACGCGUACGCUUUCCGGGCACCCACAUGAGGGAGUUCAAGAGCAAGGCGUUCUGGAGGGCCGUCCUGGCCGAGCUGGUGGGCAUGACCCUGUUCAUCUUCCUCAGCAUCGCGGCGGCCAUCGGCCAUCCGAGCGCACCGGGUCAAGAGGUCAAGGUGUCGCUGGCCUUCGGGCUGGCCAUCGCCACGCUGGCGCAGAGCCUGGGCCACAUCAGCGGCGCCCACCUAAACCCGGCCGUCACGCUGGGCAUGCUUGCAAGCUGCCAGAUCAGCGUGUUCCGGGCCGUCGCGUACGUGGUGGCCCAGUUGCUGGGCUCCAGCCUCGCCAGCGGCAUUCUGUACGGGGCGCGGCCCGCCACCACAGCUGAGCUGGGCCUUAAUAAGCUAAGCGGCAUCACCCCCAGCCAGGGCGUGGGCAUCGAGCUCCUGGCAACUUUCCAGCUGGUGCUGUGUGUCAUCGCCGUGACUGAUAAACGGAGGCGCGACGUCACCGGCUCGGCGCCCUUGGCCAUAGGCCUCUCCGUGUGCCUCGGACAUUUGGCGGCGAUCAGCUACACGGGCUGCGGCAUCAAUCCCGCGCGUACUUUCGGUCCGGCUAUGAUCCUGAAUGACUUCACCGACCACUGGGUGUACUGGGUUGGGCCCAUGUGUGGUGGCGUGGCGGCGGCUCUGGUUUACGACUUCCUGCUGUCGCCCAAGUUUGACGACUUCCCCGAACGCAUGAGGGUGCUGGUGAGCGGCCCCGUGGGCGACUACGAUGUCAACGGCGCCAACGACGCCUCCACCAUGGAAAUGGCCCCCAAAUAGUCGGUCGCGCACAUAGCUUGCCGUGCAUGUCUAUACGCUCUUGUGAAAAGAAAAAAAAGAAAGCUAUUUGUUUUAGCGUCAUUGUAUCUAGAAGCUGCAAAUGUAUUUUUGUAGCUCACGUAUACACACACACACACACACACACAUACGCUGCCCAUCUUCAAGGUUGCAGUAAGUGUAUCGACGUGUUAAAAUGUUCUCUCAUUAUCAGUAUUCUGUAUGGUGUGUUGUUAUUUUUGAAUACAAGUAUGUGCUUUCAUCACUUUUGUGUCUAUGGUAUUGAAAUGUCACUUUUUUUUAAAAGAAAUAAAGCACUUGUUUCACU